AUCCUCAGUCCCAGCUUCCUUCCGACAGAAGGCGAGUUCGUGUGUGGGUCGCAGAACGCUGUUCUUGUCCUGGACGUUGCUCGUGGCGGUGUUCGACAUGCAUUUACAGGUCACAUCCGGUCUGUCAGUACCGUCGCUCACAAUCGAGACGGGACUCGCAUCGUGUCUGGCUCGUGGGAUGGUACCCUCCGACUUUGGGAUGUGGCGAAGCGUAGAGUGGACAUGCCACAAUCCGGAAACACCGACAAGGCACUCGGUUUGCUCGGCGAGGAACCGGUGAGCUACAUUUGUGCCGUCUUCUCCCACGAUGGGAGCCGUGCCCUAUUGGAGCGCAAUGACUCAGAUCAAUCUAUCGAGGUGGUCAAGACCGAUACGUGGGACUUGACGUACAAGAGUCUACCCGCAUCCUUGGGGAUCCUUUACAUGGCCUUUUCACCAGACUGUGUGACAAUCCUCAUGGCGACAGAGGAAGAUCUGGUGCUCUGGGAUGCCGCCGCAGGACACCUACGUACUCGAUUAGAAGGUAAGUUUAGCCAGUCCUCGUCAAUCAUGUUCUCGUUGGACGGCCAAUACCUGCUCACGGGGAACAUCUCUCAAGCCGGAAAUUCUCAAGAGUAUCCCACUUGUCUCUGGGACAUCGCGACGGGCGAACCAAUUCGCGAGUUUUGGGGACACAGUGGCUACAUUCGCUGCAUCGCUUUUUCCCUCAAUGGAAGACGCAUCUCGACAGGCUCCGAUGAUAUGACUGUCAUUGUGUGGGACGUCGCCACUGGAACAUCCCUAGCGACAUUCAAGGAACACAACGCACCCGUUUGGUCAGUCACUUUCUCUCCGAGUGGGGACCACCUCGUGUCAGGAGGGGUUGAUUGUCGUGUUCUAGUGAGGAAUUCGGAGGGAGGAGAACUACUCCAGUUCGAGGGACAUGCAGACACAGUAGGGUUGGUCGCCUUCACCCCUGAUGGAGAAGUCAUAAUUUCCUCAUCAGACGAUACGACCAUGUGA